GUCUCUGAAGCGGCGGUGCGUUGUCUCCCGCGCUGACAUGGCGUAAAAACGAGGAGCCGGUGUGCGCGCGCAGCUUCUCCGAGUCAUGGACGACCCCCGACGGCGCAGCGCAGCACGCGCCGCGUCCUCGACGACCACGACGGUGACGAAGAUGAUGGCGGUGAUGAUGAUGAAGAUGAUGAUGAUGAUGAUGGCGCAUCCCGCGGCGGCGUCCGCUGGAGCUCAGGACGCGGCGAUGGAGGAGCUGGCGACGGAGAAGGAAGCGGAGGAAAGUCACCGCCAGGACAGCGUCAACCUUCUCACCUUCAUCCUGCUGCUCACCCUCACCAUCCUCACCAUCUGGCUCUUCAAGCACCGCACCGUCCGCUUCCUGCACGAGACCGGACUGGCCAUGAUCUACGGGCUGCUGGUGGGUGUCAUCCUGCGAUACGGCAUCCCCGCCACCAGCUACCACAACAGGAGCCCCCCCAGCUGCUCCCUGGCCACGGGGCCCGCCAGCAGCCUGGUGCUCAACGUCAGCGGCAGGUUGCUGGAGUUCACCCUCAAGGGCCAGAUCGACUCGGCCGACAUCCACAACGUGGAGCAGAACGACAUGUUACGCAAGGUGACCUUUGACCCCGAGGUCUUCUUCAACAUCCUGCUGCCUCCCAUCAUCUUCCAUGCGGGUUACAGCCUGAAGAAGAAACUCUUCUUCAGGAAUCUGGGCUCCAUUCUCACCUACGCCUUCCUGGGCACCGCCGUGUCCUGUUUCGUCAUCGGGAAUCUGAUGUACGGCGUGGUGAAGGUGAUGCAAGUAUUGGGUCAGCUGAGUGACAAGUUCUACUACACCGACUGUCUUUUCUUCGGCGCCAUCAUCUCCGCCACCGACCCAGUGACGGUGUUGGCCAUCUUCAACGAGCUGCACGCAGACGGUGAUCUUUACGCGCUGCUGUUUGGCGAGAGUGUGAUGAACGACGCGGUGGCCAUCGUCUUGUCCUCCUCCAUCCUGGCGUACCAGCCGAGAGGCGCCAACACGCACACGUUCGACGCCGCCGCCUUCUUCAAGUCGGUGGGCGUCUUCCUGGGCAUCUUCAGCGGCUCCUUCAUGAUGGGCGCCGCCACGGGGGUGGUGACCGCCCUCGUCACCAAGUUCACCAAGCUGCACUGCUUCCCCCUGCUGGAGACCGCCCUCUUCUUCCUCAUGUCCUGGAGCACCUUCCUGCUGGCCGAGGCCUGCGGAUUCACGGGUGUGGUGGCCGUGCUCUUCUGUGGUAUCACUCAGGCUCACUACACCUUUAACAACCUGUCCCCUGACUCCACCAGGCGCACCAAACAGCUGUUUGAGCUUCUCCACUUCCUGGCUGAGAACUUCAUCUUCUCCUACAUGGGCCUGGCUCUCUUCACCUUCCAGAAGCACGUCUUCAGCCCCCUCUUCAUCGCGGGAGCGUCCGUGGCCAUCUUCAUCGGGCGGGCGCUCAACAUCUACCCUCUGUCCUUCCUGCUCAACCUGGGCCGCAGACACAAGAUCUCAGGCAACCUGCAGCACAUGAUGAUGUUUGCGGGCCUGCGCGGCGCCAUGGCCUUCGCCCUGGCCAUCCGGGACACGGCCACCUACGCCCGGCAGAUGAUCUUCACCACCACGCUGCUCAUCGUCUUCUUCACCGUCUGGGUCUUUGGAGGCGGGACCACGCCCAUGUUGUCAUGGCUGCACAUCAGAGUGGGUGUGGACUCCCAGGAGGACCAGCAGCCCUCUGCAGACACCUUCCACGUCCUUCAGGAGGAUGGAAGUGAAAGUAAAAGCAAGCAAGAAAGCGCCUGGCUCUUCAGGAUGUGGUACUCCUUCGAUCACAAUUACCUGAAGCCCAUGUUGACACACAGCGGCCCCCCGCUCACAUCCACGCUGCCCGCCUACUGCGCACCCUUGGCCAGCUGCCUCACCGCCACCAGGUCCUCUGAGAACCACGAGCAGCCGAGGGACCCGGACUGCGACCUGAUCCGCAACGAUGGCGACCUGACCUUCACCUUCGGAGACACCGCCAUCGCCACAAACGGGGUGUCUGGCGGGGGCGACGGGGGGGCGGGAUGGAGCUCCAAUGGACGAGGAAGCAGCAGCACAUCGGAGGAGGCCCUCCAGCGUGACCUGGACUCCAGGGAACUGAGCCGCGGAACCAGACUGGUCUUCCCCAUCCAGGAUCUCACCUGAACACGCACACACACACACACACACACACACACACACACACGGACAAGGAUGGCGGUCAUUCCUGAGGAGACACUUUUUGAUUUAUUUUUCUUUAGGUGGUGAAAAUGAGCCAAAUAUGUCCUUCAUCCACUAGAAGAUGAUCACAAACAUGAAUGACUAAAAUCUUUCAUUUUGUGGGACAGACGGAAACAAAUAAUGAUGUCAUCAAAAGUGUCCAUUUAACAUGAAAUAUAUUGCAACUUCAUUUCACAAUGGAUUGUAUAUUAAUUACAGUCUAAUAAUAAAAAUAAAAAUAUAUAUGUAAUACAUAUUACUUAAUUAUGUUAUAUAUAUUCUGCAGUUGAAUUAUUUCAAUUGAGUUCUUUCACGUUUUGAUGAUUUAUUGCAUGUUUUUGUGUCAGCGCUGUCAAAGUCAGUGGGCGUGUCCUAACACCUGAUUGGUUAACGUCCGCUUCAUUGCACUCAUUGGACGAGGUUCCUCUUAGCCCCGCCCACUGACACGUGAGCCGAAGGAUUACAUUUUGGAAUGUUUCGAUAUAAAUACUCGACUAAAUAUAUGAGUAUUUGAUUAAAGUGUGAAAUAAAUAAUGACAUUGUUGGAUAAAUAUGGACAUAAUUGUGUAUUAUAUUAAUAAAUGACACAUUUAUUUAAUAACAUACAUUUAAGCUCACUGCUUGACUGGGUUGACAUUUUCAAAUCAAAGUGUUCAAAAGUGCUUAUUUUUAACUUAAUGACGUAAUUUUUGCUUUUUUUUUUUUUCAUUGUUGACUCUUAUUAUGAAAGCCUUAUUAUUUAUUGUGUUGAUUGCCUGGCAGGACUGGUGAGUGUUUGGAAAGACGCCAACAAAUAAUACCUAAUUAACGAAUAAAGCAUUUAAGUCAAGUAUUUAUUUAUUUCAUUUUGUGCCACUUCACCCUCCAUAUAAAUAUGAAAUAUAAACAUUUAUAACCAGGGAGAGGAAACUUUUGAUACAUCAAAGGUUGGAAAGAAAGUGUCCCUAAACUUUUGACUUGCUUGACAUAAAUUACAUAAAAUGUUCUUCUUGCUUUAAAACAGGAUUCGACCCUCCAACUUCCCUUUUUAGCACCAAUGCAUGCUAAAAAUAAAAAUUAAAAAAUAGAUUAAAUGGCAUUA